CAGGCGGCUCAGUAUGAGUGCCUGCGAGCUGGGCAAGGCGCAGGGGAUGCCCACCGUGCCCCUCUCCAAUGGCUUCAGCAUCCCUGUGCUGGGGCUGGGAACAUCACAUGAUGGUGGCUACUCUCAUGAUGCUGUGGUGUAUGCACUACAAAAAUGUGGCAUUCGUCAUAUUGACACAGCAAAGAGGUAUAGUUGUGAAUCACUCCUGCAGAAGGCUAUCAAAGAGAGUGGUAUCAAACGAGAAGAUCUCUGGCUUACUACCAAACUCUGGCAUACGGAUUAUGGCUAUGAGAAAACAAAACAAGCCUACUUAGAAUCCUGCAAGAGACUUGGCAUUGAAUACUUAGAUCUUUUUUUGGUGCAUUGGCCUGAUGCACAUGUCCCUGGCAAAAGCAAUCGAGAAGUUAGAGCAGAAACCUGGACGGCCAUGGAAGAGCUAUAUGAGAAAGGCUUAUGCCGCUCUAUUGGAGUAAGCAACUUUCUCAUUGAUCAUUUGGAGCAGUUAAAGGAAGACUGCCGGGUAACCCCUCAUGUGAAUCAGGUUGAAUACCACCCUUUCCAAAGACCCCAAGAACUAGUGGAUUACUGCCGGAGCAGAAAUAUUGUUUUUGAAGGUUACUGCCCGCUUGCUAAAGGUGAAGCCCUUAAUCAUUCUAAUAUAGUUCAACUUGCAAAGAAAUACGGCAGAACUCCUGCACAGAUCUGUAUUCGCUGGAGCAUACAGAAUGGCAUUGUCACUAUUCCAAAAUCUACAAAACCAGAAAGGAUCUGGGAAAAUUGUCAGGUCUUUGAUUUUUCAUUAGUAGAAGAUGAUGUUGCAAUUCUAAAUGGAAUGCAUGAUGGGAGACACAUUUCCUGGGAUCCAACCCCAAUUGUUUAAAUACCAAGGUUUUUGAUUUUAAUCUGGAAAAAGAAGAUAUGGAAUUUUUAGACUCCAUGAACAUCAACAGAAAAGUGAUUCACCUUACCUACCCAUUGUGGAAAGGAUAAUCUUAAACAAU